AUGUCAGAAGAAGAAAUACCGAGUAAACGGCGACGCGUACUCGACCAGAAGGACGUCUCCAGCAAGGUGAACGCUAAAGUGUUAUACAACAAAAUAUUAUUACAUCGCGCUCGGCCAGUAGACUUGGACCGCUACGGAUAUCCAAGACCAGAUGGACAACACCCUGAGAAGGCUAAAUUUAGCAAUCUUUCGUCAGUUCAACCUUUCAACGAUUCAGACAACAAGACAUGCGUAAGGUGCGAAAAAUCUUUUCUACUGACUGAAUCAAUAGAAAACACCCCCGACAAGAAAUGCGUUUAUCACAAGCGGCGUUCGUAUCAGGGAAAGCCACAUGAUUGCUGUGGUAGGCGAAGGGGUUCAAGAGGUUGUCGUACUGCUGAUAACCAUGUACACAAUGAUAACUUGAGAUAUACUUCUAACUAUAUCGCAACCAUCAAUAAAACGAUUCCUGAUGAUGGAAGUCCUGGCAUAUAUUCAAUUGAUGGAGAAAUGUCGUACACUGUCAAAGGGAGAGAACUUACUAAAUUCACGGUUGUUGAUCAUAAUAGUGAAGUAAUUUACAACGAAUUUGUGAAACCAGGAUGCCAAAUUAUUGAUUACAAUACAGAAUUCAGUGGAAUCACAAAAUCAGAUAUUGAUGGUACAACAACGACAUUGAAAGACGUUCAAAAUUUCUGCUUAGAGAAGUUUUCGUCAGAUACAAUCUUGAUUGGACACGCUGUUGAAUGCAUCCUUAUUGCCUUGAGACUGAUUCAUGAAACUAUCGUAGAUACAGCUAUAGUAUUUCCACACCCGAGAGGACUCCCACACAAGAGAGCAUUGCGAACCUUAGCCAUGAAUCGUCUUGGACGCCACAUUCAGAGCGGUACUCACAACAGCAAAGAGGGUGCUGUGGCAUGUAUUGAUAUUAUUUUACGACAUGUGAAAUGA